AUGGCUUCGAAGCAGCAGAAGUAUGCGAAGCUGGAGGCCCACAGCGGGUACACGGGACUGUGGAAGACCGACCUCAGCAAUGCCUGCAUCGCCUCCCCCGGAUUCUGUUGCACCUCCAUCUUCUGCUCCUGGUGUGUGUCGUACCACCUGCGCAAACGGGCCCUCCACAAUGACAUGACCAGGUACCUGUGCUGCAAUGGCGACUGGCCCUGCUCGGGACGGUGCGGCGAGCAGAGCUGCCCCGAGUUCUGCCUGUGCACUGAGGUCUUCUUCUGCUUCCCACAGAGCGUGGCAUCGACGCGCUGGAUGCUGCAGGACGAGAUGCGCCUGCAGAACACGGAGUGCGACAACUGCAUCAUCGGCACCAUGUUUGCCGCCCAGUACCUCGCCUGCCUGUGCUGGAUCGCGGCCUGCAUCUCCGGGAACGACAUCCUCAAUGACCUGGCCAUCCUGGCCGACAACAUCGCCGACAUCCUGUGGUGCUCCGUGUGCGCCUGCAUGCAGACGCAGCAUAAGGUGCAGAUGGACGAGCGCGACACCAACCCGGCGGGCUUUGGCGGGUACCCGCCUGCCCAGCAGUACCCCCCCCACCAGCCCCAGUACCAGCAGUACCCGCCCCAACAGCAAUACCAGCAGUACCCGCCCAACCCGCAGUACCCGCCCAACCCGCAGUACCCGCCCCCCCAGGGCUGGAAGCAAUAG